UAACAGGAUUAAGGGGGCGACGUGGGGAUGUGCUGCUCCCCUCGGUGAAACUCACCCUGGUGUGAUUUCCAUUUGUUUGGCCCGGCUCUUGCAUUCCCCUUCGUCUAAUCCCUCACUAUUCUCACUGCCGCUAAUCUGCAGGCAGGCUUUAGGAGGAGAAGCUUCCACACACACACGGACUGAUGGUCAGACGGGAAGCUGCUGUUUACUGUAUGGGAGUGCACGCCUUCGGCGAGUGUUUGUGGACAUCGGGCUGCCUGUAAGCCGCCUGUUGGAGAGCAGCUUGUUGACCGGCGCCCAUUGGCUUAUUGUACGUGUGAUAGGCUCUGCUCUGAGACGGAUCAGUGCUUUGCAGGGGCUCGGGCUGCUGCGUUUGGGGUAAACAGGGAUCUUGCCAUGAAGAGCACUUGAUAUCAUGCAUUUUAUUUCAAGCAUGGUGAGCAGCAGGAGGACUCGAGGCGACUGUGUGCUGUGAGUCCUGUGGUUUAAACCACUAAUGUAGAAGAACGGAAGCUCUGGUGUUUGUUUUAUGAGCAGGAGGGACCUUUCUGUUGGAUUAGCCAGAGAAGUCAUGCUCGUGGCAUGAGCGAAUGGCCCCUCAUGGAGCAGACAUGACAGCAGAGGAUCCCCCCCCACCAUGGGUCCCCGGCCCUGUCGGGGAGGUCAAAUUAAUGCCCGAGGAGGGACUCAACAGCUGCAGCCCAGACGUGACACACUUCCACACAGACACGCCCGGUCAGGAGUGCACAGCAACCACAGACAGGGAGGAGCCGUUUUGCAGGAUCUGCCACGAGGGCACGGCCUCGGGGGAGCUGCUAUCCCCCUGCCAGUGCUGCGGUAGCCUGGCCAUGGUGCACCGGGCCUGCCUGGAGCACUGGCUCACGGCCUCCAACAGCAGCCACUGUGAACUCUGCCACCACCAGUUUGCACUGGAGCGCCUGCCAAAGCCCCUCGCGGAGUGGCUGUGUUCUCCGUCCAUGCAGCAGCAGAGGAGGACGCUGUGGGGCGACGCCGUGUGUUUCCUCUUCAUUACGCCACUGGCCGGCCUGUCGGGGUGGCUGUGUGUUCAGGGAGCCACUGAGCUCUACUACACCAACAGCAUGGAGGCCCUGGGGCUGCUGGUCCUCACGCUGGCCCUCUUCAGCAUAUAUGUCUUCUGGACCCUGGUAUCUGUGCGCUAUCACAUGAAUUUGUUCCAGACGUGGAAGACGACCAACAAGAGGGUGAGAUUGCAGAUUCCCUCACUCGCCCACAGCAGACCUUCCCAACAGAGCCGGUCCAUAAACACCUUCUGCAAAGGCACCAACAAAGAGACCAUGGUGUAGACCGUCAACACGACGAGGAGGGCGACGCAGCCAAAGACUGGACUAAUCCUGAGGGAUUGUCACCUUCUGCUAGAACAAUUACGGCAUCAAAUUUAAGACAUCGCAAAACCUUUGAGUGCGUCUGCGGGCGAGGAAAACUCUUGAUCUUGUCAGUCCUUCCGAAUCAGAAGAGAAAUCAUGGUUAUUGACUUUUUUUUUUACAGUGACAAUCAUAAUUUCCAGGAGAUAAAACACUUUGGAUUGACAAUGCAGUUUGUUUCCUCCCCAUGGCAUAAGAGAUUACCAAUUGUUCUAUAAACGACAUUUAGACCUAAAUUUUAGAGGCUUUUUGAAUCACAGGUUCUGAUCCAGGCCCGCCACGGAAAAGUGUCGUCUUAGUUUAGGUCGGCAAUCCAGAUACCUAAAGCUGUGUGUACAGGUAUAUGCCCGUUCAUGGAUGUAAUGGUGUACAGCCACAUGAUAAAUGGGUUAAACAAGGUAUGGAUUUAAACCGCGGUCAGCAGCCCUGCUAGGUUUGCGGUCUCGGGGGGAGGAAUCAGGGUAAUGUAAUAGUGAUUAAAGGACAGGAAGCCUGCCAAGAGAAGCAGAGGCAGCAUCUUUAUUCAGUCUGCAGCCACGUUGGCAUUGCUGUACGCAACUAUUCAGCAGACCAUGUUCACUGUCUUACUAAAAUGCUGGACUAGUCAAACUUAUGAUCAGCCUUCAUGCCGUCUUUCUCCAACAUCGCACAUUUUACGUUACUGGCAGAUGGGUCAGCUGUAUCAUAAGAAAAUAGGGUAAUGUUUUGUAAAGAUUGUAUUUGAGUUGAAUGGAAAUCAUGAGAAAUUAUUUUGGUCAUGUGUCAACCAUCCCUUAAAGUCAUGCUACUGAAA